AUGACCACGGCGGGACCGCAGGACCCAACGGCGGGACCGCAGGACCCAACGGCUAGAGAUGGGCGGGGGCAAUCUUCGCUGCUGCGCCAGCGCGUCGCCGCCGGGGCUAGCUUCAAGAACGUGGCGCUGUCCCACGCCGCAGACAUUCUGCGCUCCGAAUCGGCCCGUGUAGACGCGCAGCUGAUCGACGACUUCAGCUCCAUUUUACGCGGCAACGUCGUGUACAUUCACAACUUCCUCUGCGACGAGAAAGACAUGCGACUCUACAACUCCCUCAAGCAGGAGUUGGUCGCGGCGACAGGCGCCAAGAUGCUCGGCAGCGGCGGCUUGAUCGACUGGAGCAAGCACCAAGUCUUCGAUAACCCGUCCGACAUCAGCCAGACCUUCAACGAAAUCAUCGACAUGCUCGCCGAGUACUUCGACGUUGACGUGUACGCAACGCGGCUGAACUACUACCGGGACGGGACUCAGUGGAAGCCUCAGCACCACGACAGCCACGCCUACGGCGGCCGCGCGCUUCGCGAGGACUUCACGGUUGGCCUGUCGCUCGGCGCAACGCGUAGCCUCCUCUUUGUGCACGAGGCUUCGCAGCGCGACUUCAAUUUUCCGCAGUUGAACGGUGACUGCUUCGCCUUCACGGGGGAGGUCAACAGCUUGUUCACCCACGGCGUGCCGCGCGUGCACACGCCAACGGGUGAUCGCUUCAGCAUUAUCGCCUGGGGGCGGCGUCGCAACUUGAAUGAACGCAACGGUGGCGUGCCGAGUAGCGCGGCGGCGCAGGUGAAGGGGUACCGCAUCAACACCAUGGAAGACGCGGUCGAGGUGGCAAAGCAGCUUGUGGCGGCGGAACCGGGCGCUGCGGCAGCGAAGAAGGCGAUGCCACCGCCGUGCGCCUCGGGCGACGCGAGCAGCGGGGGCGUUGCCACGGCCACACGACCGGCAAAGCGUCACAAACGCCGCCUCCAGUAG